CGCGACCUCCGUCGCUGCUGUCGCUGAAACGGAGGUCUCGCUGCUCUCGGCGCACCGACUCGACCAUGGCGACCGCGAGGACAGUGAAGGACGUGUCGCCGCACGAGUUCGUCAAUGCCUACGCGGCUCACCUCAAGCGAUCCGGCAAGAUUGAAUUACCUCACUGGACUGACAUUGUGAAGACUGCCACGUUCAAAGAGCUUGCUCCCUAUGAUCCUGACUGGUAUUACAUCAGAGCCGCCUCAAUGGCGAGGAAGAUAUACUUGAGAGGAGGGCUCGGCGUAGGUGCUUUCCGCAGAAUUUAUGGGGGGAGCCAAAGGAAUGGAAGUCGGCCACCCCAUUUCUGCAAGAGCAGUGGUGCUGUCGCCCGCCACAUCCUUCAACAGUUGCAGAAUAUGAACAUCGUUGAUGUUGAUCCAAGGGGUGGAAGGAGAAUUACAUCAACUGGUCAACGAGAUCUUGACCAAGUUGCCGGCCGGAUUGUGGUGUCACCAUGAGCAAUCUAGUAUUAACUAGCCAUGUUUUAGGUAGAAUUUAGAUAACUCUCAUAAUCUUUGAUAUAGAGAUGAACUUGUGCGCGGGAAAUUCAGGUUUCAGUUUUUCGAGAUAUCUUUUUUUGGUAUAAGACAGUCUUUUUCAGAGGUUGAGAAAUUAGUCAAAUUUUUAUAUCCUGAAUUCGAUUCGUUUGGCUUUAUGGCACGCACAAUUUGAAUUAUACGGCUUUCUUGAACUUGAA